ACUACUCCAUAUCAAUUGCAUCCACCCUAAAUCUCAACCUCUCUCUCUCUCUCUAUGAUACAUGUAUAUAUAUGUUACAUUGGUAUGAUAUGAAGGCAAGCAACAUUUUAAUCAUUAUCUUUAUUUCUCACCAAAUUUAUAGCCCACACAAGUCCUGCAAAACUUCUGUAAAACGGAUCUUUACUUUCUUUGUUUUUAUAAAAAGCCACACGUUUCUUUCAGCAUCUCCGCAUGAAGAUAUAAAAGGCAAACAUUCUCCUAAUCUUUUACAAAGAGCUUUAAAUCUCAAAACCUCAUGGACUUUCUCAAAGUUUCAGACAAGACAGCAACAACUCCCUGUAGAAGUGACUCUAUGUUUGGUUUGAAUCAGCAACAAUACAAAGAGUCAUCUUUUGGUUACAGAGACAUGGACAUUCAUCCUCAUUCUCAUCCUCAUGUCAUUACUCCUUAUGCAGAAAACGGAGUUUUGGGUUGUUAUUAUUAUUACCCUUUCACAAACGCGCAAUUGAAAGAGCUCGAGAGACAAGCGAUGAUCUACAAGUACAUGCUCGCGUCGAUUCCUGUUCCUUUCGAUCUCCUUGCCUCAUCACCAUCAUCCUCGGCCUCCCCAUGUAGUAAGAAAAACGUGGCCGGUGAUUUAGAGCCGGGAAGAUGUCGUAGAACAGACGGGAAGAAAUGGAGGUGCUCAAGAGAAGUCGUCCCUAAUCACAAAUACUGUGAGAAACACUUACACAGAGGCCGUCCUCGUUCAAGAAAGCAUGUGGAACUUCCUUAUUCUCGUCCUAGCAACAAUGGUGGUUCCGAGAAAAACAGGGAUCUCCGAAAUGUUCCUCAAAAGCUAUCGAUCAGUUCUAUAAAUGACAAAAAACUUGAGCCAAAGGAAGCUUCAUCAUCCCUCUCAAACUACAGAGAAUCAAGAGGAAUCGAGAUCUUUCCUGUAUCGGCGACAAUCGAGCAAGACAACAAGUAUCUGAACUUCAUCGAUAUCUGGUCUGAUGGAGUAAGAUCAUCUGAAAAACAGAGCACGGCUUCAACCCGUGCUUCUUCUUCCAAUAGCAAUCUCUCUCUUUACUCGCUUGAUCUUUCCAUGGGAGGAAACAACUUAAUGGGCCAUGACGACAUGGGCCUGAUACAAAUGGGCUUGGGGGUAAUCGGGUCGGGUCGUGAUCGGUACGGUUCAUAUGGUGUGUCUUCAGAGGAGAUGCCGAGCUGGGUUGCGCCGACGUCCGCCACUCCCGGUGGACCAUUAGCGGAGAUACUGAGGCCGAAUCCGAAUUUGGCGUUCUCCGGCGAAAUGGAAUCGUAUAGCUUGACGGCGACUCCGACUCCGAGCUCCUCGCCGUCUAGAGCGGUGAAGAAGUUGACUGGAUCAGUGUCUGAUGAAAGCAGCCAGAUUUAGGAUUUAUGGAGUUUUUGGUGAUGAGUGACUUUUUUGUUGUGUCUUCGUUUGUUUUGCCUCGUCUUUUGAUCUUGGGCCGGUAAAACUGUAAUCAGUCACUUUAAUUUAGUUACCGAGAUUAUUCGGCCAUUGCUUUUUAAUCACUUUUUAAACUUUUUUUGAAUAACGAUUGACAUAUAACG